AUGUCCGGUUUCACUUUCGGCGCACAGGGAACUUCCACAACACCUGCUACAGGUGGUUUGUUUGGAGCUGCGCCCAAGCCAUUGUUUGGUACUUCACCAGCCACCGUGCAAAGUGGAGGCGCUGGUCUUUUUGGAUCAUCUAUAUCUGCACCUGCAGCUUCCACAGCACCAGCAGGAUCAAUUGGCUCAACAGUGCCAUCUGGUGGAUUAUUUGGAACACCUGCAAAAACUACAACCGUUACAGGUGGUUUAAUAGGAACUGCUGGAGUAGCUACAACUUCAUCGGUUUGCGGACCUUUUGGAAGUGCAUCAGUCACUACAACACCAACUUUAUUUGGUGGUGCACCUGCUACAACCGUUACUGGAAGUCUUUUUGGAAAGCCAACAACAGGCUUAUUCAGUAGUCCAGCACCUGUUACAACUGCUUUAACUGGUGGACUCUUUGGCACAAGUGGAACACCGACGACUACAACUGGAGUAGGAUUGGGAGGAACGGGUACGCUUGCGGCUACCGGUUUCACAUCCAGUAGUUUGGGUGUUGCCGGUGCUGCGGCGUCUGGAAAUCCACUGGAAGCUGAAGUACAACAAGUGGUUAUGGAUCUCUUUAAUUUGUUGCGGGAUCAAAUUAAGAAGAACCACGAAUUAAGUGUUGAAUUUGCGAUGAAUAGCUCAGAAUCAUGCUUGCAUAUGGAUGAAAAAAUAGAAGAAUUGGUUGGGACACGUGUGAAGAACGUCGACAUUGUACGUAGAGCAAAGGGCAGAGCGGAAGAAUUACUUGAGAAAAUGCAACGAGAUUUACGAGCAGCAGAGCAAGUACGUCGACGGCAGAAAGAAAUUUCAAAAAAUCCACAUUUCGGCCGAAAACAAGCUUUCUCUUAUUUAUUAGCAGUUUGUAUUGAACACGAAAAUACCGUGCAAGAAUUUUGGGAAACAUUGCAAGUACUUCAGGAAAGAAUAGAUGCAAAAUUAAAUAAAAAGGACAUAACCACAAAGCAGGACCUACAGAAACAUUUCGAACAUUACGACCAAACAUUCAAACUUAUCUGUUCUGACGUAUAUCGGUGUAAAAUGCAAAUCGAAGACCUGAAAGAUGCAUUUUUGGAGUAUCAAAAGCGUAAUGUUCCAUAUGCACCGAAUCCAUUUGAACGACGGAAAUCAAAGCAUACUGAAAAACCAAUUGGAGAAAAGAGAUUCACAGGCGCAGAUGCAUUCCCUUCACAAAUUACAAUGAUGAAAAUUGGUGAAAUGGCAAAACCUUCUUCAACAACUCAACAAACGACAGCAGCAGUAAGCGGAUUUGGCACGCCCGGUUCAUUGUUUGGCUCGAAAACUUUCGGUAGUCCUGCCUUCUCUUUUAAUCCAUCAGUGACAAAUACAACUACACCGUUAUUCAAACCUUUCUCCAGUACUAAUUCAGCACCAGCUCCACUUUUCGGUACCUUAGCGACAUCAAUAGCGGAGCCAGCACCUGCACCAGCAACAACAACAUCUUUUACUUUUGGAAAUACAUUGAACUCAUCAGUUAGUGGCACAUUAUUUGGUGGAAGCGCUAGUAAACCCUUCGGUCGAUAA